AUGGCUCCUCCAACCGCUACCACCGCUCUACGAGCCGCCGUGGAUGACUACGUGGUCAAGGGUGAGACCCCAGAGAUUGCAAAGGCUCGCGCGUCUUUCCCCAAACCUCCCGUCUUCGAAGACAAGGUCAAGGAACGAGAAUACCUCAAGGGAAGACUUGCGCUCGCAUUCCGCAUCUUCGCAAAAUAUGGCUACGACGAAGGCGUAGCUGGACAUAUCACACUGCGAGAUCCUGUCGACCCAACAACGUUCUGGGUGAACCCGUUUGGCGUGCCGUUUGCGCAUAUAAGGUCUUCAGAUCUCAUCCAGGUCGACCAUGAAGGCGUUGUCAUCGCGGGCGGAGAGAUCCGUCGACUGAAUGCUGCUGCGUAUAUGAUCCACGCUGCCGUCCAUGAAGCUCGACCAGACGUCCAAUGUGCCGCCCACAGCCACAGUAUCUAUGGUCGUACUUUUUCCACCCUGGGAAUCGAACUGGACAUCACCACUCAAGACUCUUGCGCUUUCUACAAGGACCAUGCUCUGUACGCCCAAUUCAAAGGGAUAGUUCUAGGCAAGGAAGAAGGACUGAACAUCGCCAAAGCUCUGGGGAACAAAAAGGCAGCUAUUCUGCAGAACCACGGCCUCCUGACUGUGGGGAGAACCAUCGAAGAAACCGUGUUCUGGUUCUACGCGCUGGAAAAGUGCUGCUACAGCCAGCUGCUGGCCGAUGCUGCAGCCAAGGGGCGAGGGAGUGAAACUGUCAAAAUCCCCGAUGAAGAUGCCCUAUACACGUUCAAGACUAUCGGGACCCCCUUCGCCGGCUACUUCAAUGGGCUGCAGCUGUUCGAAGUCAUGGGAAAAGAGAUGAACGGCGCUCAUCUUUAG